AUCUUCUCUCUUCCCCGCCCCGCCGCCGCCUCCGUUCCUCCACCGCCGCCGCCGCCCACAUUUCAACAAACCCCACCUUCUCCUUGCAAGAACAGCAUCAACUGGACGGGCGCCUCGACCCGCCUUCGCUUGGCUCCUCUUCCGAAUCUGCGCCGCCGCAUUUGCUGCUCGUCUUCCCCGUGCGUGCGGGGGGAAGGUGGCCGGACUCGAAGAGCACGGUGGUCGCCGGCCUCGACGGAGUGCUGCGGAUGGCUUCCAAGCUUCAGCUCUUGUCCUUCAUUGCCACCAGAGUUGUUAUUGCUUCACUCUUCCACCCUUGUGCAUCCAUUGAGAUCCACCGUGAGCUCUCCGGCUGGUCCGAUGGCAUCGCUACGUGGUAUGGUGAUGCCAAUGGCGCGGGAAGUGAAGGUGGCGCGUGCGGGUACCAGUAUGCUGUCGACCAGCCGCCGUUCUCAUCCAUGAUUGCCGCUGGCGGCCCUGUCAUAUACGACUCCGGCGAUGGCUGUGGCUCGUGCUACCGGGUGGUAUGCGGUGGCAAUCAAGCUUGCUCUGGCAUCCCGGUGACCGUCGUCAUCACGGACCAGGGCCCUGGCGGCGGCCCAUGCCUGAGCGGGCUAGUCGACGGACAGUGCCAGAACGAGGCAGCGCACUUCGACAUGAGCGGGACAGCAUUCGGCGCCAUGGCGAAACCUGGCCAAGCUGAUCAGCUCCGCGGCGCUGGCCUCAUCCAAAUUCAGUACACCCGCGUGACCUGUGACUGGACUGGAGUAGGCCUGACCUUCAAAGUGGACAGCGGCUCGAACCCGAACUACCUCGCCAUCCUGGUCGAGUACGAGGACGGCGACAGCGACCUCUACGCUGUCGACAUCAUGCAGAGCGGCGCCGGGGCAACCGGAGUGUGGAUCCCGAUGCAGCAGUCCUGGGGCGCGGUGUGGAAGCUCAACUCCGGCUCCACCCUCCAGGGGCCCUUCUCCAUCCGGCUGACGUUCAGGUCCGGCAAGAUGCUCGUCGCCGGCAACGCCAUACCCACCGGGUGGAACCCUGGCGUGGCGUACCAGCCAGGCGGCGUGGCGGUGAGGGAAAGGGCGAGCGGCGGUCGCCGGCGUUACGGGUUUGAAGGGAGGUUGGGCUGGCUGCAUCACCUCCUCCUGUUGCUCAUGGUGCUGUUCCAGCUGUGA